AUGAAUAGGGAGUUAGUGGCAGCAGUGAGGAGGAACAAUGUUAGUGAGGUUCAAAGACUUUUAGAGGCAGGAGCCUCGCCAGAUGCGUGUACUGACAAGGGAUCCCCUAUACUAAUGAUAGCUUGUGGGAAUGGCUGCAAUUCCAUUGUUCAAUUGUUGCUAGAGAAUAGACCAAAUGUGAACAAAGCUAAUCAUGAUGGUUGGACUGCUUUGAUGAGAGCAGCAGAUUAUGGUUAUGAUUCCCUAAUUCUUAUGUUAUUAUCAGCUAAUGCUGAUGUUAAUCAAAAGGAUGAGGCUAAAUGGACAGCAUUGCAUCAUGCUGCACGCAACAAUCACUCCAACGUUGUUCGUGUUCUGUUAGCGAAUGGAUGUGAUAUCAGUAUAGAAGACAUUGAUGGAGAAACUGCACUGCAAGUGGCAGAGGGAUGGAAUAGCAAAGAUGCUGCAGAUGCAAUAAACUCUCUUGCUGUAGAUUGUGUGAGAGUCAAGUAUGGCAGUACCGUAAGAGUAGGGAAAGGUCAUCGAAAAAGGAUGUCAAAGAGCAACGUUCCAGGUCCUAGCAACUUCGUUCAUGUUCAGCAUGUGGGUUUUGACCCAGAAAAAGGUUUUGAUUUGAACAACAUUGAUCCUGCUUGGUCGGCUUUGUUCAGUGCAGUCGGGGUUACAAAGGAACAGCUGCAAGAUAAAGAGACAGCUCAGUUCAUUUACGAUUUUGUUCAAUCUCAGGGAAGCAUUGAAGUUGCAACCAAGCAGCUCAAGCGGAGUGCACCACCACCGCCACCACCAUUUCCAAGAACACGUGGUUUACCUCCUGCUCCUCGUGGAGCAAAGCAUAUUGCACAUCGUGUACCUCCUCCUCCAUCAGCUCGUGGACAAGCUUCUUCGCUUCCAUCUCAAGGAGUGGCUCCACCUUCACCUACAACACCUUCACUCAUACAACAAUCUCCAAGAGAGGGAACGAGUAAGGUAGAUGAGCCGCUAGUACAACAGCUGAUUCAACAAAUGGAACAACUGACGCAUGAUAAAGAUAGGCAAAUGGAUGAAGUCAGACAACAAAACACAGCAGCUCUACAGAGGGUAUUGAGAGAUGAGCAACAGCAGAGAGAACGCGCAGUUGAUGAAGAAAGAAGGAAGAAAGAAGAGCUACGGCAACGAUUACAACAGGAGCAAGACAACAUUCAGAAGGAUCUUGAUGAAGCUCGACAACAAAAUGAGCGAAUUAGGGAAGAAAAGGACAAUAUUCAGCGAUUACUAAAUGAAGAACAGAGACAAAAGGCUACCGUUGUAGAGAUGCUUUCAGAUGCUGAUUCAGCAAUUGCACGAUACCAGCAAGCACAAGAAAAUGAAGUUCUCAAUAUUCCUUCACAUGACAUUCAAUUGACUGGCACAGAACUAGGACGUGGAUCAUACGGAGUUGUUUGUGUUGGAUAUUGGCGUGGCUGUCCUGUUGCUGUCAAACUGUUGUAUGAUCAUUUGGCUGCUGUUCAACGCAACAUUUAUCUUGUCCAACAAGAAGCAUCUGUAGCAUGGAAGAUACAUCAUCCAAAUAUUGCUGCUGUUUGUGGUGUCACUCUGGAGUUAGAAGAGAAGAAGGCAUGGAUUAUCAUGGAAUUACAAAGCGGCUCAAUGUCUGCUGUGAUUGAUGCAUGUCAAGGAGAUGUUGCACCUCUCACUCUACGAGAAAAAGUCGACAUGACACAUGAUUUUUUGUGUGGACUGGAUUAUAUUCACAACAUGCAACCUAAGGAGAUUCUUCACGGUGACAUCUGUCCAAGGAACAUCCUGGUUACAGCAACGAUGAGAGCCAAACUGGGUGAUCUAGGAGCUGCUCGUUUUAAAGAUGCUUCACUUUCAGUUGGUCUGCUCAGUCCACAGUACACACCUCCUGAAAGAUUUGAUGUUCCAACUUUACCAAAAUGCAAGAAAACUGACAUGUACAGUGUUGGUGUGACCAUAUGUGAGCUCUUCACUACUGUUCCUCCAAAUCGUCAAAAAAGAAUGGAGCAAGUCUUACUCGUCCGUCAGAUAAAUGUUCGGGCUCUAUGCAAACACCUGAUGAGAGAUGAUUCUGCCACACGACCAACAGCAACAGAAGCCCGUCAUAUCAUUAGUCGUAUUCGUGAUACAAACGAGUAUAAAGCAUGUCCUCCUAAACGAAUGGUAAAGGGCAAGAUGGAUGGAAUAGCUGAUGUCACUCUCGUUUAGUCCAUUUGGUGAAGUUGACAUUUGAUUGAAGCAUGUGUUUGUUACUUGACACCAUUUAUAUGUUGUUACAAGGUAUUCACUUAGCAUUGUAUUGCACUUAGCUUUGUAUUGCAUUUUGUUAUGCUAUUGAUCAGACAUUGUACAACUAGCAUGUUGUGCAGUUCGAACUUUGACAUUGCUAUCAUGUAUUUGUAGUUUUGAUGUAUCACUUUGUCACGUGACUUGAUAUUAAA